GUUGGCAGCGGUUGGCAGCGGGGGUCCAGGCCAUGCGGGAGCUGCGCUCCUCCUCCUACUGGAGGGCAAUCCUGGCAGAGUUCCUGGGCAGCCUCCUCUAUGCCCUGCUAGGCUUGGGGGCAUCUUUGCGUUGGCUUCCAGGCCCCCCCAGCAUCUUGGGGGCUGCUUUAGCUUUCGGCUUGGCUCAAGCUACUUUGGUCCAGGCUUUGGGUCCAGUCAGCGGUGGCAACAUCAACCCUGCCCUCACCUUGGCAUUCCUGUUGGCAUCGCAGCUCUCCCUGCCCCGGGCACUGGGCUACCUGCUGGCACAGCUGCUGGGUUCGCUGGCAGGGGCUGGGCUGCUCUACGGUUUGACGCCGGCCCCGGUCCGGGGUACCCUGGGGCUGACCGCGCUGCACCCCGGCGUGGGGCCAGGGCAGGGCACGGUGGUGGAGCUGCUCCUCACUGCCCAGUUCGUGCUCUGCGCCUUGGCCAGCUUCGAUGAGCGCCAGGAUGGGCGCCCGGGCUCGGCUGCGCUGCCGCUCGGCUUCUCCCUCGCCCUUGGCCACAUCUUUGGGAUCCACUACACGGGAGCCAGCAUGAACCCCGCCCGCUCCUUCGCCCCUGCGGUCAUCACUCGCAACUUCGCCAACCAUUGGGUGUACUGGGCGGGUCCGCUGCUGGGGGCGGCCGUGGGCUCGGUGCUGUACGAGUUCGCUCUGUGCCCGCGGGUGCGGAGCCUGGCGGAGCGCUUGGCCGCGCUCAAAGGAGAGCCUCCCGCCGUGACCGAGCCGCCGCCGGAGCCGCCGGCGGAGCCGCUGGAGCUGAAGACCCAAGGGCUAUAAAAGCCACAUCUGUCCGGGCGCCACGGGGGGGUCCCCGCCUCUGUCCCCGUCCCUUCCCCCCCCCAGCCCCCCAUCUCCUACCCUGUCACCGGGGGGAUGUCACCGGAGUUACCACCGGGGGGCGCUACCGGAGUUAACACCGGGAGGUAUCACCGGGGGAUGUCAUUGGGGUUACCACCGGCGGUUACCACCGGGGAUGUCACCGGGGGUGUCACCGGGGGUGUCACCGGA